CUCUCUCCCGUCUCUCCCCCUCCUCUCCUCCCCCCCCCCUCCCUCGCCUUCUGAUUUCUCCCCCCUCCUCCACGCCGGCCGGGCGGGGAGGGGGAGGGGGGUCCUGCCUCCGCGCCGCCCCCACGAUGGCGGAUCUCGGCGGGGAGAGCCAGAUGAAGGCCAGCCUCGCCGCUGCCAGGGACGCGAGGAAGCGCUCCGAGCUGAACGCGCAGCUGCUGGCUAACCGCAUCGCGCUGCUCAAGCAGGAGGAGCAGAAGGCCUGGAAGAUGAUCGAGGACACGAGGAGGAAGACGGCCACCAUCAUGGCCUCGCAGGGCGAGCGGAGCGAGAAGGACGACUCGAAGGAGCAGCUGUGCAGGGCGCAGUGGGAGUCCCUGCGCGCCGCGCAGGAGAGGAAUAGCGCCGCCCGCGAGCGGGCGAGGGCACAGCGAACGGCGGCGAGGAGCGGCGUCCAGCGGCAGCGCGCGCAGAGCGCGCAGUCGCAGAAGGCGCGGUCGCGGGAGCUGCUGGCGCAGAGGCGGGAGGAGGACGCGGCCCUGAGAGAGGCGAAUUUAUCGCAGAUCUCAACGGCCAGGCAAAGCCGCGAUGACAUGCGAAGGAGACUGGAAGAAGCCAACCAGGAGAAGCUGCGGAGAUACCGCGAGGAGGGCGACGCGAGGGUGGCCCAGGAAAGGGCGCUGCAGGGCCGGACGGAGCAGCUGGUGGCCAGCAUGGAGAGGGAGGAGCUCGAGCUGAUCCAAAGGCUGCAGAUCUCGCAGAACGCGCAGCGCAGCGCGAUCGAGGAGCUGGAGGCGCUGACGCCGCCGCGCACCCCGGUCUCCAGCGGCCUCGCCGGCAGCGCGCGGCGCCCGCUGUCGGCCUGUGGUGCGCGGACGCGCCCGAGAAGUGCGGGCAGCCCCGAGCUCUGGCCAGGGUGAGCCGCCCCGCAGGAAAGCGAGUCCUGGAGGAAGCUGGCCUAGCGAACCCUGGGCUUUCUAACCGCGCCACUUUCCUACCCUCAGGCCCGUCUCUCAUGCCGUGUCGCGGGGGUUCCAGGUCUCACCGCCUGCUGCGGCGCCGUGGCCGACUGGAGAAAGA